AUGCCGCUCCUGAAUAUUUUACAGCAAAUACAGCGAAAAGGACAAAUUCAAAGGCCAGUUCAAUCUGGACAGACUCACAAUGGUGGGAAAACUACACCUCAGCCUCCUUCACAACUACGAAGAUCACCAUCGAGUGGCCCAGAGAAACCAAUCGAUCCUGUAGUGGCAAAACUCAAAGCAGCUCGAAAGGCAGAGCGAGAACGAAAAGAAGCCGAGGCACGUGCGAAGAAAGGACAACCUCCCAAGAAGGAGACUAAACCUAAGGCGUCAGAGAAACCCAGGCUAACGACUCUGAUGAAGGAAAAAUCCAAAAGCCCUAUGAACAUGGCGCCCACGCCACCUCCACGGGACAAAAAACCGAAAGUUUCAUUCUCACAGUUGAUGAAGAAGGCGUCUCUGAUAGACCAGAGCAAGAUGUCUAUCCACAUACGAGCAAAAACCAAAUCACCGGAUCCACCAAAGCCUGAUAAGCGCAAGUUGCAGACAGGUGAGGUGAGAGGUAUGCCACCGAAAGGUAUGCAGCGGGUCAAGAGACCUGAACCUCUGACGAAAGCGACAGAGGCGGCAACAGCACCGAAGGCACUGCGGAUUCCUAUCCCAGCAAGGCGGCCUAAUUCACAACUCGAGGAGAAGCUUCGGCAGAAAAAGCCACAAGUGGAUAGAAGAGAUGGCAGGGGACACUAUGAAGAGGAAGAUGACCUGGACAUGGGCUCGUUUAUCGCGUCAGACGAAGAGGAAGAGCAGUACCCUCGGGAUUAUGAUCGAGAUGAAAUUUGGGCGAUGUUCAAUCGUGGACGCAAGCGGCAGUUCCAUGAUGACUACGAUUCGGAUGAUAUGGAGGCCACCGGAGCUGAAAUUCUCGAAGAAGAGGCCCGGUCGAAGAAGAGAGCCAUGGAAGAGGACCGUAGAGAGAUGGAAGAGGAACAGAGACUUGCUGAGCUCAAAAGACGCAGAAAAGCCAAGGCUCUUUGA